AUGGCCAAGAUUACUGCGUACAGCAUUUCGUUACUGCAUAUGUUUGCCGGUACUGCAGCCCUAGGCGCUAUCUUACCCCUGUCAGCCGACAACAACCAGCAGGCCGUCUUAGGCGCCUCUCCAAACUUCCCAGGGCCCCCAAAGCCCGAAAACAUCGACGUCGUUGAGCUUCCUCUACCUCCAGUCUCUGCAAGCAGAGAAGUUGGCGCAUGUACAGCGGCGCUGAACCCAAGUCGGACGGGUUGCAUCGCACGGGAGCUUACGGAUGAGUUCCAAGCUGGAGACUUUACUCCGAACGGCCGGAAUGUGGUUGUCACAGUCACCUUCGUUGGAGCUCCCGCAAGCCCAGAUCCGGCGAGCAUCUAUAACGGCGUUCAAUUAAUCCUCAUCAAAGUGGACGGCACGAACUUUAGCAAUGGCGACCCGUGGAAAUGCCUGACGUGUGGCGUACCGGCUAAGAGUACAAGAGAAUUGGAUCCGCAAAGAGACUACCCACAUGUGUUCAGAAGCGGCGACAAGGCGAUCUGGGGCCAUAACAUCCUCGAUUGCAAUAGCAGGCAAUUGGCCAGCGAUGCAUGCACGCCUGAUGAUAUCCACAUAUAUCCGAUCUACUGGCCGAAUGGUGCUCCUCGUGAGCUGCGGAUGCAUCCCGAUGACGUUCAUAUUGGCUGGAGUUCGUUCACCAAUCACGCUGGGCAGUAUUCCUACUUCGGUCGUUUGGAGUUCAACGCAAAUCCUUCAGGGACAGGCCCUGCUGUACCUCGCUAUGAUCUGGUCGACGUUGACCUGCUCGUUGAUCCGAAGCGCCGGGCUUUCAUCACAGCCAAUGGGAAUGAACUGGAACUCCAACCUGACUCUAUCACCAUUGGCGAACUGAGAGGCUUCAGCGGUUCUGGCGACGAAAUACUUUACAUCGGUGCACCAACGGAGUCCACGAAUAUAGAUCUCUACGCAGUCCAUAUUGAAACAGGAAUAGUUCGCCGCCUCACUAGUCAUCCUGAUUAUGCUGAUCCUAUCGCCUUUUCCGCCGACGAUCAUUGGUUCGUCACACAAGAUACGCGUGCCAGCGAGCGCCAGAUGUGGAUGUCAGGCAUGCGAGGUAUCCCACCUCUCAUCGAUAUCGUCGCAGUCGCAGUCGCAGCGUCCACACGCAACAAUGGCGCACGCCGCUUCUUCCAACCCAUCUUGAUCGAUCGUUAUGGAGAUCGUGGGUCGUACUAUGGGCAGCAGGUCAACAGUAAAGGCGAUGAAAGCGAGGGGGGUAUUGACGACCCGAACUGGAACGGGCGAGCCGAUCCGGCAUUUUCUUUAGAUAGUACGCGCAUUGUGUAUUGGCAAGGCAUCGUCACCUCUCCCGCUUGUGGUGGCAUCAACCCGCUCUCCUGCCCUAUCUCCACUGCUCCGGGUGGGCGCGAAUAUCGUGUAAUGCUCGCCCACCUCACCGACCGUAGCCCCAAACUACCCGCUCCUGUUUAUAAGGUGCCCAAUCGCAUCCCUUGGGCGACACCAUUCCUACCCGGAGCCGAAGUUCCUCCGCUCCCCACACUAAAGCCAGGCCACUAUAUCCUCCGCGGUAAGGUAUCAGGGUGCGCGGAAGUCAGACUUAUUGGGAACACGGCCUAUCCUGAGGCAAGCUCGAUCAAGCGGGUCGUGGCCAAUUACACCGACUUCUCUGAUGAUGGUGAUCACAUCAUCAACGGCUCCGAAGACGUCGAGCUGACUAUCCUUUUUCCAAAUGUGUGGGAUCAGAAGCUCGAUUGGUACUCCGACAUCUCGCAAACGGGAUCCUCAACCGGGAGCAAGAAAACCAGUGCAAGUGGAUUUCAUUUAAGGAUUGACGUGAUGGAGAAUGUACUCGAAGCGAACGGGACGCUGACCACGACUAUUGAUGGUGUAGAGUAUCAUCAACCCGCCAACGGUACCUAA